GAUUACGGAAAGUACCAUGUGAUAUUAAGAUAUAAGCCAUUCAAAUGCACAAGACACUUGGAAUCGCAUUUUAGUUAACAUAUGACACGGUAUUGUGAAGACGAAGCUGCCACUUGACAGAUGUCGAAUUUAAAGACAAGAUGCAGACAGGUACUUUAUACUUCUUAUUUGGGCUGUCAGUGGGUCUGGUGUUUGCGUGCAUGGGCAUCUCCAUCUUAGUAACCCCAGAGAUCCUCGGGUUAUCAGCCAGCGUCAAGCACGGAUCCAGGGUUGAGGUCCCAAGAGACUCUUUUUAUACGCAUGAAGAUCUUUAUAAGAUACAGAAAAUUAAUCAUGGCGACGACACAGAGGCAAGAAAACUGUACGAUCAAGUACGGAUUUUAUGCUGGAUAAUGACUAGUCCCAAGAAUCUAGAGAAAAAAGCCGUUCAUGUGCGUGCCACCUGGGCUCAUAGAUGUAACAAGCUUAUAUUUAUUAGUUCAGUGACUAAUAACAGUUUUCCUACGGUUGGAGUUGAUGUUCCCGAGGGUCGCGAGCAUUUGACUGGUAAGACUAUGAAAGCAUUUCAAUAUGUGUUCGAUCAUCAUUUCGACGACGCUGAUUGGUUUAUGAAAGCCGAUGACGACACAUACACUAUUUUAGAAAACUUGCGUUAUUUCCUCUCGAGCCAGAAUAAAGACUCGCCAAUUUUUUUCGGUCAUCAUAUUAAAGAUAAGGUUAAACAUGGGUACUUCAGUGGAGGCGCUGGGUACAUAAUAAGCAAAGAGGCGCUAAGGAAAUUUGGAACUCACGAAACGAAUGCAUCCACGUGCCGCCAAGAUGGCGGUGAUGAGGACGUGGAAUUUGGCAAGUGUAUGGACAACUUGGGGGUUAAAGUUGGUAACUCCUAUGACCGGUUCGGUCGAAGUCGAUUCCAUUGUUAUGAACCGGCUACACAUCUGAUUGGCGCCUAUCCGAAGUGGUAUAUCAAUUUUGACGCACAUGGAGCCAAAAGUGGUCCAGAGAGCAUCUCCGACUAUGCAAUAAGCUUCCACUACGUUUCCCCGGCCAACAUGUACGCACUGGAGUAUUUUGUUUACCAUUUAAGACCUUACGGUCUUCAUUUCAAACAUCAAGAACUAAAUCAGGAUGUGACGUAAACCCGGAAAUGACGUAGCAGUAAAAGUAAAAUAAUCUUGAGGUAAAUGAGAUUAUUUUUUACGUGUGUAUUAGAAAAGUUGAUUUUUUGUGCAAGGGGGCGUAAUGCUUUCGGGCUUGGUGACAUUAUAUCAUAGGACACUUGGAUUUUGUGAUAUUUAAGUCAAAUAUAUGGUUUUAUGAUGCUAGAAAAGGCGACUGCAUUCGACACCAGUGUAGACAUUUCAGCAAUCGAAAAUAGUUCGUUCGAAAAAAGUGGAUUUUUUUUUUGGAAUUGCCUGUUCAUGACAACCCGUUUAUUUCAUUUAUUUUAUAAAACAAUCAUUACAUACAAUAUAUAACAAUAUAUAUAUAUAUAUAUCAAUGUGGAACAAUAUUAUUUAAUAAUUGAGGUAAAUAUUAAACAUUUUGAAAAUGCCUUUACAUUAUAUUGUAAUUUUAUUAACAAACUCGUUCAAAAAACGUUUAGAAAUGCUUUCAUUGUUCAAGUGAGUUUGAAGAACUUUCAAAUCAUUAUAUAAAUGGUACAUAAUAUUUAUCGGGUUGGAUCUCCUUUCACAAAUAAAGUAGGUCUUAUAGAUGCAAUAGGCAAUCUGACUUAAAACAAUGUUUACAAUAUUAUACUCUUUUAGGUAAAUUUUGUAUCCUAUAACUAUAUAUCUUAAAUUCUUAUUUUCUUUCUGUAUUCCGCAUCCUUUAAAGAUAUUAUGUAUAGCAUUCCAGAGAGUUGUCAAAAAUGGACAUUUAUUAAAGAAGUGUUCGUAGUCUUCUACAUCAUUACAAUAAAUACAUAAAGGGCAAUCCUUCAACUUCCAAGUAAAUACAUUUAAAUCUUUGCUACAAGAUAAUGCAAUAACUUUAUUUUAAAUUGUUUGACUUUAUUAUCCACAAUGGACUUAUGAACACUAUAGUACCAAGAGUUCCAGCAAAUAUGCUCUUGUAACCGUCGAUCCCAAUAAACGUGAAUGUAAGGCUUUUCAUAAAAUUGCUUUAUAUAUAAUAGAUUUGAUAUAUUUGCUUAUUCGUCAUAUCUUUAAGAGGUUUAUUUUGUAUACUUAUUAGAAAUUGUGGAUUGGCGUUCGUUUUUGUAGAUAUAUCAGAUGUAAGAGUUUCUUUCAAAGUGUUAGGAAUUGCUUGUUUUGAAAUAUUUACUUCUGCAAUCCAAUUUUAUUUUUGAGAUAAUUAAGAAUACAAUUAGCGCCUAAGUUGCCCGAAUUCGAUAAAAUAUCGUUUAUGUAGAGUAUGUUGAAAUCAAUCCAGUUCUUAAAUAGAAGAUUUUAUUUUUUUAUUUUUAUGAGUAUAAAUAUUAUUUCUUUCUUUAUAUUGAAGUAACAUUUGGGUAUUUUUCUUUGGUUAACUGGAAGUUGCUUAAACUAAAUCCAUAUUAAUAAUAAAUGCUUAUAGAACAAAGUGAUUUUGUUUGUUUUAAUAGGUAUAUAUUUAAUGGAGUCUAAAUUCAUAUGAAAUAUAAGAAAAUUCUGUCCAAAUUGGUCUAAUAUUACUGAUGGCAUAAUUUUCCAAUUUGCAUCAACUGUAUUAGCGAGAUUAGUCACCCAUUUUAAUCUCAUUGUUUUAGAAUAAUAUUCCAAAUCUGGCAUCUCUAAACCACCUUCAAUUAUGCUUCCUAUAACUGUUUUACGCUUGAUUUGAUUUUUUUUCCACUCCAAAGAAAUUCAAAAACCAUGGAGUUUAUAGUCUUUAUAAUUGAAUCAGGCCCCGAUUUCUCAAAACUUCUUAAGUCCCUUUUAAAAGGAUUAAGCUAAGCUCACUAUUUUUGGUGUUCAAUAAAUUGCAUAAUAUUCACUUCUUUAAGAUUUCUAAUACUUUAGAUAGGGAAUACCAUUGUGAUAAUCACAAUAAACCAUUUUUCAUUUAUCAAAAUUCAAUUUUAGUAUGUAUUUUGGCUUAUUAAAAUAAGCUACGUAAGCCUGUUAAGCUUAAGAAGUUUAGAGAAAUUGGGGCAAGGCGUUACUAUAUUUUGAGCAAGAUAUACAAGUUUUGGAAAAAGUAAAGAUUUUACAAGAGGUAUUUUGCCAAAGGCAGUUAGAUUUCUUUUAAUCCAAUUAUUGCACAUUUGUUAACAUUUAACUAUUUUUUCAUUCCAGCUUUAAAUUAUACAUUCAUGUUUAUCAUUUCCAAAAUAUACUCCAAGUGAUUUAACGUAUCUUGACUUAAACUUUAUGUUAUUAAUAAUAGUACUUAUCUUAUUUUUCGAUUUGCCAAUGCAAAGGCCUUGGGGUUUUUCCCUAUUUAAUUCCAGUCCAGAAUAUUUCCAAACUGAUCAAUUAUAUCAAGAACAAUUUGUAUUUCAUGGAGAUUUUUUAAAAAGACAGUUGAGUAACUUUAAGAUGUUUCCCUUUUAUACCUUCAUAAUUUUCAUAUUUUCUUAACUGUGUUGAUAAGACUUCAGCUACUAUAAUAAAAAGCAAAGCAGAAAGGGGACAACCUUUCCGUACACUACGUUGUUGUCUAAAUGAGUUUGUGAUCCAUCCAUUGUUUGCAAUUUUUGAUGUUAUGUUACAAUACAGAGUUUUCACCCAAUUAAGACAGGAGGGUUUAAAUCCAUAUUUGUUCAAAAUUUCGAGCAGGAAAGGCCACUCGACUGUAUCAAAAGCUUUUUUUAAAUUUAAAAAUAGAAAAGCACCGUCUAAAUCAGUUAAAUCCGUAUAAUCAACUAUAUCAUCUAUUUGCCUAAUGUUAAAACAUAUAUUUCUAUUUUUUAUGUAUUCUUGUUGGUCUUGACUUAUGAUGCUUGGUAAAACCGAUUGAAGUCGUUUUGCUAAUACCUUUACUGCUAACUAAUAAUAAAUAUUUAAGAGAGAAAUAGGUCACGAGUUUUCAAGAUUUUCUUGGUCUCCUUUUUUAUAUAAUAGCGAAAAUACACUUUGUUUUUGAGUAAAAGAUAAUUCACCUUUCUCAUAACUCUCAUUUAAAGCUGAAAUAACUUGAUCUCCAAUUAAAUGCCAAAACGUUUGAUAAAACUCUACCGUAAGACCAUCGAGUCCAGGACUUUUGUCAAGUUUCAUAUCAUUAAGUGCUCUUGUAGCUUCUUCAUAAGAAAUUUCUCCUUCACAAUUAUCGGCUAAUUUAGAAUCCAAUGUUAAAUCUAAUUCGAUAUCAUUUAAAUACUGGUUUUAAUGUUCGUCGUUUUUUAAAGUUUGAUGUGUAUAAAUUCUUAUAAAAUUCGACCUCUGCAUUUAGUAUAUCUUGACUUAUAAGUAUUCUGGUCCCAUCAGUCUUG